AUACGACCGCUGUCAUACAUUAAGCCUAUUGAAGUGUACUGCGAGAUGUCCAUCUAUGGCGGUGGAUUCACCUUUCUUCCUCGAAGCCUAACUAGAACACCACAUGCCUACAGGAUUGUAAAUGUACUUUUUCGAGACAGAAGAAACGUCUUGCUGAAGUUGCAGAAAAAAGUUGGUCUCAGUGAGUCAUAUACCCUGAUCCAGGCUCAUCCUUACUUCACCAGAACGAAGUUUGGGGCGAGGGUCAACAGCUACCACGGUUACACUAAACCAGUCAACGCUUUCAUGAGAGAUUACAUUUUUCUCGGAAUAAUUCCAGCAUACAAGGCACGCCACCGUAAUGUCCAAGGCUUCAAAUCCAACGGGCACAAAAUCCAGUUUAGAAAUUGCGAUGCCAAUCCCAACAGCUAUUUUGCAUUCAUGCCAAACCACAAUCUGCAAACUCCAAGUAACUACUGCGCCAAAUGUGGUUUUGAAACUCGCUAUGUGGCUGUCGAUUGGCGCUCCAAAGCAGUUCCCAUCACCAAUCCUGUUCGCACCAUGCCGAACGAGUUCUUCUUCUUGACAGAGCUGCAUUUUGGUGGUUGUGGAACCUACACCUCCAGUAACCGCUGGUUCAAGUUUGGCUUUCAAGCCACCGCCAUUGGAAUUCGCUAAGAGUGCGGCGAUCAUAACAUUUAAUCUUUCCCGCCUUUGGGGUGUUCAUACUGGUAAAUAUUGAGCGUUUCAGUUUUUAAAUAGUCUUGAUAAAAUAAAAGCAUUGACUGAUUUUCAGUUGACUGCUUUUUGAAUUUGUAAAACACUAAGAUUCAAAUGAAUCCAUUUUUAAGUUUAAGUCAUACAAGUUUUAAGGUAAAAACAGGAAAGGAAAAACAGGCUUAACGUAACACUAGGCGCGAAAAAGGAAAAUAAAAGGUUUUUAAAAAUUGUUUGAGUCUCUUAAUUGAUUCUUGAAAACUCAGAACAAGACCAUAUCUACAGCACCUUGGAAAAUUUUCAUCAGUAGGACUUAUAUGAAAUUUUGCAUGGUAUCAGUGUACAAGUACCUGAGUGUCACACAAUGGAUGUUCCUAAAACAAGGAACGGGGUAAUGAAAACUAAACAGAGAAAUGGAAAUGAAGUUACUGAUAGAGCCACAGGUGGCCCAAGCGUAAUAAGAGAGUUUGUAUGGGAAAAAUAGAAAGUGGUACCUUAAGAUCACCUUCCUACAAUCUUUUCGAUCGAGUUGUGUGAUCCAAACGCAAGGUUUACCGGAACGGAUUGCAGCAAGGUGAUUUUAAGGUAUCACUUUGUGGAUUCGGCGGCGUAAAAUGUAAGUGUGUUUGUUUUUUCGCGUCAAAUUUGGAGCUGAUUCUGAGCAGCUUUCAAGAUCGAUCGAGCGGUUCUGUCCUACCUUGUCUCUUAUUAUUACACUGUCAGGUCAGAUGAUGAAAAGUACUCAACUCAAAUCGCGCUGAAACUUCGUAAAAACAAAGACAACGACUCCAGGUAACAAUAUUUACACUUUAUUGAUAGCUAUUAUGGCUUUUACUUCAUUUAUUUCAUCUAAGUUUCAAACUCUAUUUUUGCCAUACAAACUCUGAUAUUACGCUUGGGCUAGCUGUGAUAGAGCUAGGGAUCAAAUUACCCAUUUCCCUUGCCCCGUUUUAGUAACAUCCAUCACAAAAUGGGUUUUGAUCAUCAGUAGCCGUAAACCAUAGACUACGGCCAGUCUAUAGACUACGUCAUAGUCCGUCGAGCGAAACACGAUCAGUACACUGUAAAUUAAAAAUAUCUGUUUCAACCACAACUUGCGCAUGCCACUUAUAGCCCUGUAGGCCGAAGACUGAUUCAUCCUCUCCUGAGGCCAUUUGAGUACAUUUUAAGCCAAAGCAGCCCGGCCCUAUCAUCAAAGACCUAUUCCAGCCCACGCUUAGACUCAUUUUAGCCCGUGUCGAGCCCGAGGGCGCGCCCAACUGAAAUCAGCCCAAGCUAACUGGACUGUAUUGGCACUAAAUAAGGAAGUCAAAUUAGACCCCAAAAAUAGGACUGAAUUUUCUUUCCCCGAAACGGACCCAAUUUUAGUGCUAAAUAGAUCUUCAUGAUUAACAGUGUAUUUCUGUCGAAUUGAUGCCGAUUCAGGGAACCGUUUCUUAAAUAGGACUACAAGACUUUUAAAAGCCCUACGCUCUGUAUUUUAGUAAAGAUCAGUUGUGCAGAAGAAUGGCAUGUUUCUAUCAGCUGGAUCACCUUGUCUCUUCAUUUCGAAAUUUCUGUUUUAGUUAAUUAUUUCAUUGACAUUUUAAAGGAAGGCAAUUUUUUUUUCGUUAUUGUGAUAAUGCACGGAUACUGGAUUGGGUUAGAUACUGUGAACAAUAGUGCAAUAACUAUCCACCAGUUUGUUUGUUUUGCAAAACUACCAAGUUUUCUGCAACCAGAUUUUCCCUUCCAUUUGCCAAAGGAUUGUAAAUGGAAAGGUACCAUACUUUUCUUGCUCGACAAGUAAACCAAACUAAUCGCUAUAAUAAGUGUCUCCACGUAAACGCGGAAAACUUUAUCUCUCAGUUCCCCUUAUGCUUUUGUCAAAGUAUAAAACCCACGACUUUGCCCACCAAUUAAAUUAUUAAAAAGCUGGUCAGUUUCAAAUGUUGGCUACUUUUACUUUAAGGCCAAAAUUGACGAUAGUAGCUAAAUUCUUUUGCCGCUUGUGAGGCAAAGAAAACUACAUUGAAUAAACCCUUCAAAAGUUGUGUGUUUUUUUUUCAAGUUUUGAGAAAGACCAGUUAGUGAAGAUCCAUUGACACUGCUAAAAAGAGCUGGAAACGUACCAAGCUUACCAGCAGGUGAUACGUUGGAAAUGAGCAAAGAUAUUGCUCCAUAAUAAAGACGCGAAAUUUUACAAACGUUUGUAUGGCUGGGGCACGAACUUGCCUCCUCCCCGCUACCCUCCCCUCCCCUCCUUUUCACUCCCCAUCAUAUAAACGCCUGGAAAAUAUUCAAUGACUAUAUCUUCGUAAAAUUUUCAAAGGCUAUAUUUUCGUUAGGUUUCAACAAAUCUCGUUUAAACAGGAAUAGUUAAGAGCAGGGCAAGCAUUUUUGAUAUUGUAGGCCAUGAUGGUGCAAUAUUGUCAUCUACCUGUUUGUUUUGCAUGCAAGAAACUAAAGUUUUCCUUGAAGAGGUUUUCCCUCAAACUUUAAAAAAAAGCGGUGUCAAUACACGAAAGGUCUAGCAAAUGUUUCAUAAACAAGGGAAAAGCAACAGCUAUAAUUUUUCUCUACGUGAUUAUAAGAAAAACUUGUCGUGUGAGUGUGUUUACCUUUCGGUUCCUCUAGCAAACCAUUUACCCAACAGCUGAACUAUUAAUGAAUUAAAGCCUGUUUUAAUUUCAUGUUUUCUUGUCACUUAAUCACCAAUACUCUUUCCAAAUUAAAGUGACGAUAAUAAUAACCAACCUUUUCUUCCGCUCUUGAAACAAGGCCAUACUGAAUGUAAGAUCGCUAGACUUGCGGCUAGAUGCUACAUUAAACACACACCUAAUCUCACGAGUUUGCAUGCGCACCUGUUUUUAUACAUCUUUCAUUUUUAUCAAGUUAUUUAAUUUUGUAAAAAUGACGAGUUUGACUUCCGAGUUUUGCUAUGCUUUUAUCAUGACGUAUGUUUUGUAUGAUUUGCAAUAGAACAUCUAGCUAAGUCUAUAUUUCUUAUGUUAUGUUUUAUUUUAAUUUUAUUUCUCUAUAUUUGUAUUGAAGAUAAAUGACUCGCUCACACUUGUCUUUGAAUCAAUGAAUGCGGGAUUUUGCUACAUUGUAGCUUAGAUGCAGAAGCAACCUGAGAACUAUUAUGUAUUGCGAUAGAGGUUUUAAGAUAAAUUGAUAUAUCCCUAGCCGCUGAAGCGAAGGAACUGGUCGUCCUUUCAAAUUCCCGGGGGCGUACCUAAGACUUUUCAGAGAGAUGACGUGUCGACAUCUAUUACGUGUGUUACUAAAAGUGACAUUUAUUUGGAUAAGACAUCGCCAUUCAAAGACAUCUAAUUUUAGAAUUUAUCAACUUUUUAGCAUCUUUGCAGGUUGGGGAGAGGUUUCACGGGCAACAUGGGACCCCUCCUUGCUAUGCCAUUGUUUCUGUCAAAUCUUGUUCAAACAAUAAUUAUGUUCUUUAAUAUAGUAGGGCAGUGCUUCACUCCUGGAUAUUGUGGACGCAAUUAUUAUCCACAUGUUUCUUUGUUUUACAAUUUUACCGCAUACUUUUGUUAAUUAGCGUAAAUGGAAAAAAUGACAGGUUUCUUUUCAAUCCUCGACAAGCAAAACAAAAUUGCUACAAAUAGUUUUUCUCCACGUAAACAUGGAAAAUUUUAAAUAAUUUGUCUAUUCCUCUGAAUGAUAUCAUGAACUUUCCUUUUGUGAAAGUAAUCCACCUUUAUCUUUAGCAUACAGUUCAAGUAUUCAAAGUCUCUCUCUGUUUUAAGUUUUGGUUCAUUCUUAAUCUUUACAAAAUUAUUAUAAUUAAAACUUCAAAACGCUUAUACCUGAUUGGAGCAUUUUAUCAUCCAUUAAUAAGGCAUUUUUAAAGCGGUUCACCACGUGCGGUGAAUACUAAUAACGAAAACGGAAAUUUCCACCGAAGGACAUCCUGCAACUUCAAUCCAUGAUAGAAGGUUGAGAUAUCAGAUAAAAUGAUUUGGUUUCUCACUUUUUGCUUCAUCCCUUCUUUAGUCUUCGCCGCCGGAAACUUAAGAUCUGCCUACUUCAAAAGUAGUAAGAAUAAGUAUUUAGCAGGCCAAGCGGUCAAAAAAAUUGAUUCACCCAACCUUAUUUCAUGCUGCCAGGCAUGCUUAGGGCACUCUUGGUGUACCUCUGCUAACUUUAAAGAGCCCUUUGGGAUGAGCAGCAAUGGUAGUUGUGAACUAAUCAAGCAACAGUUCUCUCCCGUAAGAGAUAAAGCCAAGCUUACCGAUCGACCAGGUACUACUUUCACGAGAAAAAUGGUAAGAAUAGUAUUGUGUCAAAUAUACAUAGCACGUAUCCAAAGGUGGAUUCUAAAGGACCCACGUAGUUUGUUCGAGUUAACAGGGGCUCAAAUCCAGUUAUUUUGUUGUAGUCGAAGAUGUACCAUGAAUAGAGUAUGGAGAAGAUGGAUAUUAUAAUCUUCUGUUUAAAAUCAUAUUAAGCUGACGGCUUUGGUAAAACUUGCGGUUUUCUAACUAAAGACACUCUUAUCACUUUUGCCCAUGACAGCCUUAACUUAAGUCAAAGUCCCUAUCAUGAUGUUCACCAACUUAACUUCAUACUUGCUGUUAAUUACUCUAUACCUAUUUUUUUAUUUUGUUUGCUUUUAUUGUUGUCUGCCUUUCAUUGUGAGAUUUGAUAAUUGUGUUUUCGAGGGGCCGUUUCGGAUCGUAAUUUACCUAGUCGGGGCCGAACCUCAAUAUUCAGUUUUGUUAGCUAGUACCCGCCAGCCAUUACGUUGGCAAAUCUGCAAUAAAUGAAUAUAAUUACAAUAAAUUCUAAUUAUGGGUUACAUAACUUACAGCUAAAUCAAACUCACAUAAGCUGCAAAUACUGCGGAAUUUAGCUGCCAGAAUUAUUUUAGAGUUAAAGAAAUUUGACCAUAUUUCUGGGGGUCGUAGAUCUUCAAAAUGGAUGUUUGGAUGAAUGUUUCCAAGAUUUUAUUUAAGGAUUUAGUUUUAGUUUUUAAAUGUCUAAAUGGUCUGGCACCAAGAAGUUAUUUACAGUUGAUUAUUUCAUAACACGUUCGGCAACCCAUAGUAGAAAUUUAAGAAGGUCUGGAGACUUGAGCCUUCCACGCUGCCGGUUGUCAGUAGGGCAACGAAGGUUUUUACUUUCGCGGAGCUAAACGGUGGAAUGACCUGCCUAAGGACCUUCAGGGCAUUAAAGAUAUUAAGGUUUUUAAGAAAAGAUUGCCUAAUUGUAUAUUUAAUGUAUAAUUUGUAUAUUUAAUGCUAUCAGUUAUUAUUUAUCUGAUCUAUUGUUUUAAUACUUAGUUUUUAGAUCUUAGACCUUAUUCCUAUAAUUUCAUGUAAUUAGUGAAUUGUGUCAGGAAAGCCCUGUAAAGGGAGACUCGGGUUUCCAGUUAUCUCACGAUCUUUUAUUGCAAUGUAUUAAAAUGCGAAUCGUGUAUACAGGUGUGAUAACUCAAAACAGCGAGUUAGUCUUCCUAAACAUUUGUUAUUAAUAUUUCAAUAGGAUACUUCAUAAUAAGCUAAUUUAUCGAGUUUGCUAAAUAAGCUUCUAGCCAUUAACAUAGGUUCUCCUUUUUUAGUUUCCCAAAGAUUGCAACAGCCUACCACCGCAUUUGCCGAGUGGGGUGUACAUCAUACAACCACUGGCAGACGAAGAGCCCAUUGAUGUUUACUGCGAGAUGGGCAUCCAUGGUGGGGGCUUCACCUUUCUUCCUCGUGGCCUCACCAGAACUUUACAUGCGGACCUGAUUGUCAAUGCUUUGUUUCGAGACAGGAAAAACGUCCUACUGAAGUUGAAGAAGAGGGUGGACCUCAGCGAGUCAUACACUCUGAUCCAGCCGCAUCCAAAUUUCGCCCACACAGAGUUUGGGGUGUUAGUCAAUAGCUUCGCCGGUUACACCGAACCAAUAAACGCCUUCAUGAAAGAUUACAUUUUACUUGGAAUUAUUCCAGCAUCAGCUGUGCGAAAUGGAAGUGAAGGUUUCACAUCUAACGGGAACAUAAUCCAGUUUUCAAAUUGCGACGGAAACCCCAACAGCUACUUUGCAUUCUUUCCUAACUACAAUCUGGAACCUCCCAGUAACCGUUCUGACUCUGGCGGUGUGGCGGACAUUUGGCGCUCCAAGGCAAUUGCCAUCAACUAUACUGACCACAAUAUGCCGGACGAGUUCUUUUUCUUAACGGAAGUGCAUUUUGGAGGUUGUGGCACCUACUCAUCCAGUGACCAAUGGACCAAGUAUGGCUUUAAUGCCACAGCCAUUGGAAUUCGCUAA